AUGGGGAACCACUUUACGUUUCUGAAGCGGAGCAAGAGCCUUCAGCCGGAGGAAACUGAGGAGGCCCGACUAGCGAAGGAACGGAGACGCAAGCUUCUGCAGCCGGAGCUGCCCAAGCUCAUUGGAGGUUCCAAGAACGAGGUGCUCUCGAACCCGCGAAAUGCGUCGUCGCUCGUGGCGCACCUUCAGGCCUCGCUGGCUCCUUCUCGCCGAUGUCACAACUGGAAGCUGCUCUACAGUCUCGCUCAGGAUGGCUGCAGCUUGCACACACUCCUGCUCAAGGCGAAGAAGCACAACCCCACUCUGGUCGUUGUCGAGACCACCAAGGGCGACAUCUUCGGUGGCUUUGCUUCGGAGGAAUGGCAAGACUCGGCAAACUACUACGGUAUUGGCGAGUCCUUUGUGUUCUCGUUCAACUCCAAGUUCGAGUGCUAUCCGUGGUCAUACCUUAAUACCAUGAUCAUGCUCAGCAACGACGAGUGUAUCGCCAUGGGUGGAGGGGGAGACUUUGCUUGGUGCCUAAACUCGGAUUUAUCUCGCGGUACCAGUGGAUGCUCAAAGACAUUUGAGAACGAACGCUUAACGUCUGAAGCUGAAUUCGGCAUCUACAACGUGGAGGUCUGGGGCUUUGUCACGAAGAUGUAG